AUGGAAACAGACAAGAUAGGCAGAAACAACGCCAAACAGAACGGCUCAACUACGGCAAAUCAGGAAUCCACGAAUGCCCGCCCCGUAGAAACACCAAAAAGGCCCAACACAGCAACCACUCCAAUAUCACCACCACCUUCACCUCCGCCAGUCGCAACCCCUCCAGCCGCUAAGCCGAUACCUACACGACAAGGGACGAGGAGAAGCGGCUCUAUAGAUGAAAAGAAGUCUACUGCGCCCAACGGCACGCCCCCAACACCACAGCGGAGAGGCUCAUGGUUCUCUAAGAUAUCGGGCUCGUUUUCUUCCUCGCCCGGUAACGCACAAACCUCUAGCGAAACCGCCCCCUCGCAAGCCGACGCCGACGACGAGAUCGCGCCUUUGCCUAAGAUCUCCCCGAACAAGAACGCUGUUCUUCCGCAUGCAACAAGACCCCAUGGCGAUGCGCCCUAUGUGCCGGCACCCCCUGAAAAUGGCCGGCCUGGCUUCUUCGGUGUAUUUCGUCGGAAGUCCUCCUCGAACGGAUCCAUGAUGAUGGGCAAGAACAAUCAUGGAUUGGUCGAGCGUCGCAUUUUGAAUGUGGACAAGCAGAGAGAAAGACCUCGGUUGAGUGAGCUGAACCAAGCAAAACUGCGACGAGUGGCAUUCUGUGUGGAUGUCGAAAUCGCGCCCAUGCCUAAAUACACCGAUUCAGACAGCGGUGAAACCCAGUCAGAUGAGAAAUCGCAGAAGCGCAAGAUAACAGAAAAAGGUGAAGGGGAGGCCUUGAAGAGGCCCAAGGCCGUUGAAGAUGAGAAGGAAAAGGAUGGCAUGGUCAAGUCUACGGGCGAGCAAUUGCCCAAGGAGCCUGCAAAGGAAGGCUCGGACGCAGUGAAUGGAGCAGAUGCUCGACACCAGGAUGGAAUCACUAUAUCAAAAGACGCGCCUAAGCCAGAAAAGGAGAAUACUCGUAAGAAGGAGAAGAAAAGGAAGAGUGAGGCAGAGCGCAAGGCUAAGAAGGAACAAAAGCGGAGAGAAGCUCUAGAAAAGGGCGCGAUUCCCAUGGAGCUUCAUUUUGACAGCGACUCAUCGGUUGAAAACACUGCUGUGCCGCAGAUCCCCAAGCAAACCAAAUAUUCGCCCACUACCAACCCAGGGCGGAUAUACCGGAGAUGCUGUCAGUUGCGCGAGACUGAUAUUCUCACCAAGAUUACUGCCCAACUUCCCAAAUCGACGACAAGCAAUCUGGAUGGCGUCGUUGAAAAGCUUGACCUCUCCGGCUAUUUCAUGUCGCUUCCGGAUUUGGUCACUCUGGGCGACUUCUUUGCCGUUGUGCCAGUCAAGGAGGUCAUUCUGGAAAACUGUGGUUUGACAGACGAGGGCAUCCGGGUUGUGCUAGCCGGCCUUCUCGCUUCUAAGAAGCAAAAGACCAGACAACGGAAGAGCAUUACUAAACCAGCAGACCUAUGUCACCAAGGCGGUGUUGUGGAACGGCUUACUCUCAAGAACAAUAAGUUCGGAGCCGAUGGAUGGAGGCACAUAUGCCUUUUCAUACAUAUGUGCCGCUCCUUGAAAUGCCUCGACCUUUCGAGCAUUGCAUUUCCUUCCCCUUGCGAGCCGCUCAAGGCCACACCUUUAUCUCAUCAUUUCCACCAUCAACCGGCUCCGGUCACACAAAUCGACACAUCUCUGCUGUUGUCUAAAUCUCUGGGGGAGAGACUUGCUGGUGCCGAGCUUGAACUCCUGAACCUCGGAGAGACGGGAUUGACGACCACGCAACUAGGUGCUGUCAUCGACGGCUGUCUCAAGUCGGGUGUAAUACGCCUUGGCCUUGCGCACAAUGACCUUGACGCUCGGGGCAUUGAACACGUCGCCAGAUACCUUCGCAACAGCAAGUGCCAAGGGCUCGACCUGGGUGGCAAUGAUCUCAGAGAUCAUCUGCAAGUGAUUGCGGAGGCUAUCAGCGAAGACAACCAAACUCUCUGGGCCCUCAGCUUGGCUAACAGUAAUCUCACACCCAGCGCGCUGUGCAAGCUUCUCCCGAAAUUGGCCCAGACCAAGGCUUGCAAGUUCAUUGAUCUGUCCCACAAUCACGAGCUGUGCGAAUCACAACCUAGUGCUAUUGGUCUGUUACGGAGGUAUCUACCAAAACUUGACGCCCUUAAGCGCCUUCACCUUGCGGAUGUCUCCAUGACAUCUGAGCAAGCCAUUGCUUUGGUCGAGAUCUUGCCUGAAAUUAGCAUGUUGGCACACAUCAAUCUUCUCGAGAACCCCGAACUUGUGAAAUUGGCAGAUGCUAAGACAGAGGAGGCUCAAGAGGAGGCCUGCGCACUAUACGCUUCUUUGCUUGCGGCUGCGCGGGUCUCAGAGACGCUGGUCAAGAUUGAUAUUGAGACACCAAGUGCUGAAUCCUCCGAGGUCGUCAGGGCUUUGGCAAACCAAGUUCUGGCUUACUGUCUCCGUAACUUACGCAUGGCUCCUGACAUCCGGGACAACGGUGAGCAAGCGCCAGAGCAGAUCAAAUAUCCUGAUGUACUACGCCAUAUUGUUGGCCACGAAGAAGACACAGAGCCGGUGGAAAUGCACUCUGAUACCGAUGCUGCUCCUGAUGAGGACUAUGUCAUUGGUGGUACAGGUGUUGUAAAGGCACUCACCUGCUGUUUGAACAACCUAGAUCAGAACGCGAGGAGGGAUUCUGGUGACUUCAUUAGAGAUCUUGAAACCGGCACCGUCGCUCCUACGACUAAGAUGCAUGCUGGAAAGGCAAAGAAUAUGUCCAAGCACUUACUUGCUAGUGCUCGCAAGAUCCGCACCAGGUUACAGCCAGUUUUGGCUGAGGCCAAGGCUGUUUCCAGGGAGGACAUGAACAACUAUAAUCGCCUUCUUUUCUUGGAUCAGACUUUGCAGGAGAUCAUUCGUCGAUUUGAGGACGAAUUCCCCGAAACGCGCCAGUCACCAGUGCCGGUUAUGGCACCACACUAUGCGGUGCCAGCGCCGCCUCAACGUGGCAAUUCGUUCUCCUCUUUGGAAAUGGACGCAGUCAUUUCGGAUACCGAAGAGGCUCUCGAGACGGAAUUACGCUCACCAGCUCGUUCUCGCUCUAACUCCAUCAUGUCCCACACCUCAAAAGCCUUGGCAGAGGAAGAAGGUCGCGCUCUUCGUAUCGGUCACAAAUUCCGGCGCGGAUUCAUCCAAGCGCAUUUCGACUUGCUUACUGGUGCUGAAUCGGAAAUAAUAAACGAGCCUGACCACAGGAAACAAAUCGAGCACAUGCUUGAGGAUUUAGCUAUUGAUGAUGAGGCUAUUCGAACGAAGCUUCAGGAGAAGGGCGCAAUUGCUACUUUCCAAGAGGAAAGAAACGAAAUAAUUAAGAAGAUGCGUGACAGAGAUCCCGUGGGCUGGGAUCGGUUCAUUGAGGCCCAGGAGAAGACACGAGCUAAUUUGCAGCUCGGAAAGAAAGAGCAGCCGCCUAAGACAAGCGCUAUAGCUGAUGAGAGUGCUAUCGCAGAUUGA